UUUGUCACACAGGAAGAAGUUGAAAACAUAGAGAAAAGCGACAGUUGGAGAACUAACUUCUAAGAAUUUUCGGGCUCAGCUUGUCUCUCCUCCGGAUGGUUGGAUUAAAAUGGGUCACUGUCAAAGCGCAGAAAGUGCGCGCGCAUUCAGACAAGUGGAUUGAUUGAGACAUUGAGUCGACUGGACACAUUGCGGUGGAUCAGAGAGAUUGAAGUAUCAUAUGAAAAACGGUAACGUUUGCGGCAUGUCAGAGCACAGGUCCAGUUUCCUUCACAUCGGGGAUAUCGUGUCUCUUUAUGCGGAGGGAACUGUCAAUGGAUUUAUCAGCACUUUAGGUUUGGUGGAUGACAGAUGUGUGGUGCAACCUGAAGCAGGAGAUCUCACAAACCCACCCAAAAAAUUCAGAGAUUGCCUCUUCAAAGUGUGUCCCAAUAAUAGGUACUCUGCACAGAGACAGUUCUGGAAGGCAAAACAGGGGAAACAUGGGAAUAACACACAGGGUGAUCUGUUUAAGAAAUUACAGCAUGCAGCAGAACUGGAGCAAAAACAAAAUGACACAGAAAACAAGAAAUUGCUGGAAGAAGUUGUCAAAUACAAUCAAGUUAUACAGCUUCUACACAUAAAGAGUAAUAAGUACCUGACGGUGAAUAAGCGGCUACCUGCCCUGCUUGAGAAGAAUGCCAUGCGUGUGUCUCUGGACCCCUCAGGAAACGAGGGCGCCUGGUUCUACAUUCAGCCUUUCUGGAAGCUUCGCAGUGAAGGCGAUAAUGUUGUGGUUGGAGAUAAAGUGGUGCUAAUGCCCGUAAAUGCAGGACAGCCUCUCCACGCCAGCAUCAUUGAACUCCGGGAUAACCAUGGCUGCAAAGAGGUUAAUGCUUUGAACUGCAACACCAGUUGGAAGAUCACUCUCUUCAUGAAAUUUAGUGAAUAUAGAGAUGAUAUCCUAAAAGGGGGUGAUGUGGUGAGGUUGUUUCAUGCUGAGCAAGAGAAGUUUCUGACUUGUGAUGAAUACAAGAAGCAACAGUACGUCUUCUUGCGCUCCACUCUUCGCCAGUCGGCAACCUCCGCCACCAGUUCAAAAGCUCUCUGGGAAGUGGAGGUGGUGCACUAUGACCCCUGCAGAGGAGGAGCUGGUCAAUGGAACAGCCUGUUUCGCUUUAAACAUCUCGCCACAGGAAACUACCUUGCAGCAGAGGUGAAUCCUGAUUUUAAAGAUGUUAGUGUCGACAAAAAGGAGACUGAGACCGACACUUUGUACUCUAAAAAGAAGUGGCAGACUGAGAAAAUCCCCUACAUCCUUGUUGCAGUGCCCCAUGGCAAUGACAUCGCCUCUCUAUUUGAACUGGAUGCCACCACCUUACAGCGGUCUGACUGCCUGGUGCCCAGGAACUCGUAUGUAAGACUCAGGAACUUGUGCACAAACACCUGGGUGACCAGCACCAACAUUCCCAUUGAUGUUGAGGAGGAACGGCCCGUUAUGCUCAAGAUUGGAACAUGUCAAAUGAAGGAGGAUAAGGAGGCAUUCUCCAUUAAUUCUGUCCCCCUGUCAGUGGUCAGAGACUUGGACUUUGCCAAUGAUGCCAACAAGGUUCUGGAGCAGUUUGUGCGUAUAUUGGGGAUCAGCAACUGCCCUGCAGCAAAUGAACGCAGGUUUACCAUUAAGCUGUUGGAGGAUCUGAUCUUCUUUGUGUGCGAUGUGCCGAACAAUGGCCAGGAUGUGCUGUCAGUGGUCAUCUCCAACCCAAACAGAGAGAGACAGAAACUCAUGAGGGAACAGAACAUCCUUGCACAGAUCUUUGGCAUUCUGAAAGCACCAUGCUCUGACAUUAAAGAUUCACCAAUGCCGAAGUUGGAAGAUUUGGGGAACCAGUGCAAUGCUGCAUUUAAAUACAUGUUACAGCUGUCUUACAGAAUAUUGCGCCAUUCCCAACAAGACUACCGCAAGAAUCAGGAGUAUAUAGCCAAGAAAUUUUCCAUCAUGCAAGCUCAAAUUGGUUAUGAGAUCCUGGCAGAGGACACAAUCACUGCUCUCCUGCACAACAACCGCAUGUUGUUAGAGAAGCACAUCACCGCAUGCGAGAUUGAGACCUUUGUCAAACUUCUGCGCAGGAACCGAGAGCCCAGGUUUCUAGAUUACUUGUCUGACCUCUGUGUCUCCAACAAAAUGGCAAUUCCUGUCACUCAGGAGCUGAUCUGCAAAUUCAUGCUGAACCCCUCUAAUGCAGACAUUCUCAUCCAGACCAAACUGAUCCCACACAUGGAGAGCUCUCUGGAGUCAUCUCUAAUGCAGGAGGAUGUUGAUGAUGAAGAGGUGUGGCUGUACUGGAUCGAUGGUCACACAGACCCUCAUGGGAAGUCCAUCCGCCACCUGGCCCAGGACGCCAAGGAUGGACAAAAGAUGGAUACUGACAUCAUCACCUACUACAGGUGCCAACUUAAUCUCUUCGCUAAAAUGUGCCUUGACCGGCAGUAUCUGGCCAUUAAUCAGAUUUCCAUUCAGCUGCCGGUAGAUCUGAUCUUACGCUGCAUGUUUGAUGACUGUCUUCCCUACAACAUGCGGGCCUCAUUUUGUCGGCUAAUGCUGCACAUGCACGUGGACCGGGACCCACAGGAGGCCGUGGUGCCUGUUCGCUAUGCACGCCUCUGGACUGAGAUACCCUCCAAGAUCUCUGUCAAUGAAUAUGAAUAUGAGUUCAGAGACAUGUCCAGAGAGGAGAUGAAGAAGAAGUUUGCCCCUACUAUGCGGUUUGUGGAUGAAUACCUCAAAGAUGUGGUCAGUCAGAAUUACCCAUUUGGAGACACCGAGAAGAAUGAACUGACCCUCGAGGUGGUCCACCUGGCACGUAACCUUGUCUACUUUGGCUUCUAUAGCUUUAAUGAGCUGUUGUGCCUCACGCGCACCCUACUGGCCAUCCUUGAUAUUGUCCAGCCCACUUUCACAUUUUUGUCCAAACUUGGCAAGAGUCUUGAAGGAGGUAAUAAUGUCAUGCGUAGCAUCCAUGGUAUGGGAGAGAUGGUGACUCAGAUGGUCCUGAGCAGAGGCUCAAUGAUACCCCACAUUCUCCCCGAUGCUCGGCCAAUCCACGGCAAGCAAAUCAGUCUCUCUGACAACGAGGAUGUCAUGGUGAUGGACACCAAGCUAAGGAUUAUUGAGAUUCUGCAGUUCAUUCUGAAUGUACUUCUCGAUUACCGCAUCACCUACCUGCUGUCUAUCUAUAAAAAAGAGUUUGGUGAACAGACUUUGGACAGUUCUGUCUCUGUGGAUGUCCCAGUCAUAUCUGAACCAAACAUAGAAGAGAUUGCAGAGAAAGCUGAGAAUAUGUUUUCUGGAAGUGUUAAGGAUAGGAACACGGUGGACCUUGAUGAUGAAGGUGGCCAGACGUUUCUGCGUGUGUUAAUUCAUCUCAUCAUGCAAGACUAUCCUCCGCUGGUUUCCGGCUCUCUGCAGCUCAUCUUCAAACACUUCAGCCAGAGAACUGAAGUUCUUCAGGCCUUCAAACAGGUCCAGUUGCUGGUUUCCGGGCAGGACGUGGAGAACUAUAAGCAGAUUAAGGCAAACCUGGACCAGCUGCGUCUAACAGUAGAGAAGUCAGAGCUGUGGGUCGAGAAGAGUGGAGUUUACGGCAAUGAAGACAUCGCUGAAAAUCAGAACAAAGAGCAGAACUUGGAGGAAGUGGGUAUCUUGAGUCCAGUGCAGGAUGGGAACAAUAAACCUCAAAUAGACAGCAACAAAGCCAACAACUACAAAAUUGUAAAAGAGAUCCUGCUAAUUCUCAGUAAACUCUGCUACCCCGCUAAGAAGAGUCGCAUGCAACAGCAGAGGCUCCUGAAGAACAUGGGCGCUCACACCGUAGUGCUUGAUCUGCUCCAGAUCCCAUAUGAGAAGGGUGAUGAGAAGAUGGAUGAGAUCAUGACUCUGGCCCACACAUUUCUCCAGAACUUCUGCAGAGAUAACCCUCAGAACCAGACUCUGCUGCAUAAACAUCUAAACCUCUUCCUCACACCCGGGCUUCUGGAGGCAAAGACAAUGUGCUACAUCUUCAGGAACAACUACCACCUGUGCAAUGAAAUCAGCGACCGCGUGGUGCAUCAUUUCGUGCACUGCAUCGAAACCCACGGCCGCCAUGUGCAGUACCUGCGCUUUCUCCAGACCAUCGUCAAGGCCGAUGGCAAAUACGUGAAGGAGUGUCAGUGCAAAGUCAUGAAUGAGCUGGUUAAUGGAGGGGAAGAUGUGCUGAUUUUCUACAAUGACCGUGCCUCCCUACCUGUGCUACUGAAUAUGAUGAGGUCUGAACGGGAACGCAAUGAUGAGAAUGGGGCUCUGGCAUACCACAUCACUCUGGUGGAGCUGCUGGCAGCGUGCACAGAGGGCAAAAAUGUUGAAACUGAGCUCAAGUGCAACUCACUUCUGCCUCUGGAUGACAUCGUCAAGGUGGUCAUUCAUGAAGAUUGCGUUCCAGAGAUAAAAAUAGCAUAUGUAAAUUUUGUAAACCACUGCUACGUGGACACUGAGGUGGAGAUGAAGGAAAUCUACACUAGCCAUCACAUUUGGAAGCUCUUUGACAAUUUCCUCGCAGACAUGGCCACGGUGUGCAAUAGCACAACAGACAGGAAGCAUGCUGACGCAUGCCUGGAGAAAUACGUCACUGAUACCAUCAUAGCCAUCGUCAAGGGCUUCUUUGGCUCCCAGUUUUCUGUCAGCAACUCAAACCUGCAGGCCCAUCAACCUAUUUUCAUUAAGCUGUUACAGUCAGCCUGCAGAAUCUACAACUGCAGCUGGCUCAACUCCCUGGAGAAGACCAACAUUGAGGGUUGCAUCAAAACCCUUGCUGAUGUGGCGAAGAACCGAGCCAUCCCCAUUCCAGUGGACCUGGAUGGUUUGAUCAAUGCCCUGUUUCAGAAGACACACUCCAACAUGGUGCAGCGUGCAGCUAAAGACUGGAGGAAGUCAGCCCGCGCUCGCCCCCGCAAAGAGCCCUUAGGGACCCUUGAUUAUAAGAACAUCAUUGAGAAGCUUCAGAGAGUCAUUGCCUAUCUAGAGGAGCAGUUCAGUCCACGGGUACAGGCUGAGUUCUCUGUAUUAGUAGACGUGCUACACAGCCCUGAAUUGCUGUUUCCCCAGUCAGCACAGCUCAGUGAGAAUGGAGCCUUCAUGUCCAAGCUCAUCAAACACACCAAGAAACUGAUGGAGAAAGAGGAGAAGUUGUGUAUUAAGAUCCUUCAGACUCUGCAAGAGAUGCUGGAUAGGAAAGAGACGUUUGAAGAGAAAGGUAACGCACUGAGGAAGACUCUUCUCACUCACUACUUUGGAAACCAGCUGCCCUACACCAAAUCCCUAGACUACAGCUGUAGGAACAGCUCUUCUUCUGGAGGUGGCUCUCUAGGGCAGGACUCUGAUAAGUCAAGCACCAGCCUUGCAGAAACUCAGAAUAGGUUAGAUGGUGUGGGCGCUUCUGAGCUGGUUAUCGAACUUAUCGUCAGCACUAAGAACGACCGUGUCUUUGAGGAGAGCAUUCUGCUGGGCAUUGCACUGCUAAAAGGAGGGAAUACACAAAUUCAGAAUUCUUUCUACAAUCAGCUGCACAAGCAGAAAAAGUCAGAGAAGUUCUUUAAGGUGUUCUACGACCAUAUGAAGCAGGCUCAGAAAGAGAUUCUCUCUAGUGUAUCCGUCAACAUGUUUGAGCUCAGCUGUAGGAAGAGAGAGGAGGAUGGAGAGGGCUCUGGUAUCAGAUAUAAAAAAGUUCGUGAUCCCUUGCAUCUCAGAGAGGAAAUGCGAGGUCAACUCAAAGAAGCCUCCUCAGUCACCUCUAAGGCAUUCAGCACAUUUCGCCGGGAGCUGGACCCCGAGAUAGAGCUAUUGGGGUCAGGAGGAUUUGAGGGCUUGGAGGACGUCGAGGAGGAGGUCCAGAUGAGCCAGGCCAUCACCAUCAUGAAACCCAUACUACGCUUCCUUCAGCUGCUCUGCGAGAAUCACAACAGAGACCUGCAGAAUUUUCUACGAGAUCAGAACAACAAGACCAAUUAUAACCUGGUCUGUGAGACACUCCAGUUUCUGGACUGUAUCUGUGGUAGUACCACUGGAGGCCUGGGGCUGCUUGGGCUCUACAUUAAUGAGAGGAAUGUGGACCUGGUAAUACAGACACUAGAGACCAUCACAGAGUACUGUCAGGGUCCCUGCCAUGAGAAUCAGUCAUGCAUAGCCAGGCACGAGUCAAACGGCAUCGACAUCAUCAUCGCUCUCAUUGUGAAUCCAAUUGAUCCUUUAGGGAAGAACCGACUUGACCUUGUGCUGGAACUGAAGAACAAUGCAUCUAAACUUCUCCUGGCCAUCAUGGAGAGUUGUCAAGACAGCGAGAAUGCUGAGAAGAUCCUCUACAAAAUGAGACCCAGCGAACUGUUUGUGGUGAUGAAUGAGGCCUAUGAUCAAGGAGAAAAUAGUGAGAUUAAUCAAGAGAUAUCAGAUCAGAUCAAACCUAAAGACGUUGGCCACAACAUCUACAUCCUGGCCCAUCAGUUGGCUCGACACAGAAAAGACCUCCAGCAAAGUUUGAAACCUGGCCCAGACCCCAACACCGAGGGAGAGGACGCACGCAGAUAUUACGCCAACCACACCGCUCAGAUAGAGAUCGUGCGUCAUGAUCGCACAAUGGAGCAGAUCGUGUUUCCUGUGCCCAAUAUCUGCGAGUACUUGACAGAAGAAUCGAAAGUGCGCGUGUUCACAACUACAGAGCGAGAUGAUAAGGGCAGCAAGGUCAAUGACUUCUUUCAGCAGUUUGAUGACCUCUACAAUGAGAUGAGGUGGCAGAAGAAAAUAAGAAAUAAUGCGCCACUUUUCUGGGUGUCCAAACACAUAUCUCUAUGGGGCAGUAUCUCCUUCAAUUUGGCUGUGCUGGUCAACUUAGCUGUGGCUCUGUUCUACCCAUUUGGAGAUGAUGGAGAUGAAGGUAUCUUGCCACCAUUCGUGUCCGUCUUGCUUUGGGUUGCAGUGGUCGUGAGCACCUUUAUGUUGUUUGUCCUACCCCGGCCUGGGGGGAUCCUGGCAUUUCUGGUCACCAUCAUUCUCCGCUCCAUAUACACACUGGGCUUAGGACCCACACUGCUACUGCUGGGGGCCGUCAACCUGCUGAAUAAAAUUGUGUUCCUGGUGAGUUUUGUGGGGAACCUGGGCACGUUCACUCGAGGGUACAAAGUGGUCAUCAUGGACGUCGUCUUCCUUCUCCAUGUCAGUUACGUCAUCGUGUGCAUGUUGGGUCUGUUCGUACACGAGUUCUUCUACAGCAUUCUGUUGUUCGAUCUGGUACGUAGAGAGGAAACCCUUCUAAACGUAAUGAGGAGUGUGACAAAGAAUGGCCGCUCCAUCUUCCUCACAGCUGUUCUGGCCAUCAUCCUGGUCUACCUCUUUUCCAUUGUGGCCUUCCUCUUCUUUAAAGAUGACUUCCUUAUGGAAGUGGACCGCCUACCAUACCUAAAGAGUCCAGACAUAAAGGAGCCCAUGACCUGUGUUUCUGAGACCUGUUCUAACUCUCCGUUUAGCACUCACCACGUAGAGGAAGAUGAUGAAGAUGGUACAGAGCGCGUAUGUGACACUCUGCUGAUGUGUAUCAUUACGGUUCUAAACCACGGGCUGAGGAACGGAGGAGGAAUCGCAGAUGUACUGCGCAAACUCUCCAAAGAGGAGCCCAUGUUCCCGGCACGUGUUGUGUACGACCUCCUGUUCUUCUUCAUCGUCAUCAUUAUUGUGUUGAACCUAAUUUUUGGUGUGAUCAUCGACACCUUUGCUGACCUUAGGAGUGAGAAACAGGGAAAGGAGGAGAUUCUGAAGACCACCUGCUUUAUUUGUGGCCUUGAAAGAGACAAGUUUGAUAACAAGACUGUGUCAUUUGAGGAGCACAUCAAAUCAGAGCACAACAUGUGGCACUACUUGUACUUCCUGGUCUUGGUGAAGGUAAAGGACCCCACUGAGUACACGGGCCCUGAGAGCUACGUGGCCCAGAUGAUUAAGGAGAAGAAUCUGGACUGGUUUCCACGGAUGAGGGCCAUGUCUUUGUUGAGUUCUGAGGGCGAGAGCGAACAGAACGAGAUACGAUCACUGCAGGAGAGGUUGGACACCACCGCCACACUAGUGGUGCAGCUGUCUAGCCAGCUUGCUGAACUUAAAGAACAGAUGACAGAGCAAAGGAAAACUAAACAGAGACUGGGCUUCCUGGGACCAUCGCAGAUGAACCAUCACAUGCCCCCUGCACACUGAGGACGGCCUUUCAGUAUCACAUCCUUGAGCACACAUUCACACACACAUGCUGAUGUUCACACCGUGGACAACACUACACUCAUGGUGACAUCACACUUUACAUAUGACAUGACAGUUGUUCUGUUAGAUGAUUACUUAGACUUGGGCGUCAUCUCACAUUAGUGGUUUCUUUAGAGAGUGCAUGUUGUUUUUCUCUUUCUGGAAGUUAUUUUUAUGGAAACACUGUACUUAUUACCAGUAUUGUUCUGGGCAUUGGAACAGCAGUCCAUUUGCUCACUAUUUAACUCAGACAGCCUUUGGAAGGGCUGUCGUUUUUUUUUUUUUAUCUUAAAGUAUUAACAGCUUCAUGUUUUAAUCAUCAUUUGCUGUAACUCAAGGUGGACUUUCUGCAAUAACUGGAGAGAUAAAGUGCCUUUAACCAGUCUCAAACUUUUAAAAAAAGCUGGCUUGUCCUUUAUUAUUUCUUUGAUGAAAUAUAUAAAACUGGAAACUGUUGUCAUCUCAUAAUCAUGUGACCAUCUGAAUUUAUAUUUGCCUCCUGCAAACACCUAAACCCUUCCAAAUCUAGUCUUACCUCUCACAUGAUGAUUUGUAUUUUAAGUGACUACCCUGCAAAGGCACUGUUGUGCUUGCCUUACAAAGUUGUACAGAAAGUAAUAAAGAAUUUAUAUUUGUUUAUUAGAACGGUUAGUUUGUCUGUGUGUAUGUCUAAAAAUGUCAGACCCCCUGGAGACUGCAGGAAUGGAAUGUUUAUUUAAUGCAACUAAAUAAUAAAUAUUUUUUACUAAAAUGGGUAAAAACUACUUAUAAUAGUAGUUGUCACUCUGAACUGUCACAACAGCCGUUUUGGUGGGGAAAAUAAUAGUAUUUUGAAGGUCUCACAAAACUCCCCCAAUACAAAAACACUUUCAAGGAGGAAAACAGUUUAGACACUUGUGAAAAUGUUGCAUUGUGAGGAUUUCCUAAAAAAUAAUGCCAUACAUAGUUUUACUAUAUCAGUUAACUUCAUACAAAGUCGAGUAAACUUAAAACAGCUAAAUCAAUAUUCAGUGUGACUUUGCCUUUAAAACAGCAUCAAUUCUCCUAGGGACACCUGGACACAGUUUUUCUUUGUUGUUGCAGAUAGGAUGUUCCAAGCUUCUUGGAGAAUUUGCCACAGUUCUGCUGUCUCAAUUGCUUCUGUCUCUUCAUGUAAUCCCAUACUGACUUGAUGUUCAGUAGGGGCAUUGUGGGGACCAUGACAUCUGUUGCAGUGCUCUCUGUUCUUCUAUUCUAUUUGCAAAAGUCAUGUUUGGGAGUCUAAAAUUUAUUUUUCCUAUUGACAAACUAAAGCUGAAGAUAUCAAUAACCAUUCUAAGACAAAUGUUUUUGUGAAACACCUUACGUGACUAAGACUUUUGCACAGUACUGUAUACCAUCAAUAUCAGAGCAGAGUUAAACAGGUCUGCAGAGUAUUAGAGCUUAUGGUCUGCUUACACUCCACUCUCUUCAUUAACAUUGGCCCUAAAAAGCAUUUGCACACAUAAAAACAUAUCAAUGUCAUUGCAUUAGAAAACAAAAUGAUCAAUCCAAGUGGAAUUUAUUCUAAAGAAAGAUAGCACAAGCACUCUUUCAAGCUAAACAUUUCACACACACACAAACAAUUGUUUGUUAGGUUUUAAAUGAUAAAAAAAGAUUCUUCUUUGUCCUUCGAUCAGAGGUAAAAAGUUCUAAACUGCUGAGCAACCACAUACUGUUUGCGAACAUUCAGACACCAGGCCAAACUCAACUAAUAUGACAUUAAAAUGUGUUAUCAAGACUUCAUGCCUCAUUCUAUGAGUAGAAUUCACAUGAGAUUAGUAAAAUAAGCUAUUUUAACUACUCAAUGAUUUAUAGUUAUAUUUGCAGUAGAUGUGUAACGUUUACAUUCUGUAUUCAUGGCGCUAACACGCUAUACACAGCCAUAAUAUGCGCUGAUUACACUCUUUUAUUGUAAUUAAUGGUGACACUGCUACUACUGCAAAGAUGGGUGUAAAACGAGUGUUAAUGGGUAGAAUAUAGAGAGAAGAAGGAUGAUAGGAAUAUCUCAUUCUAGGCAGAUUCUGUGUGAAUGGCUUCUGCAUGCAGAUGGCACAUGAGUGAAGCAUAUCAGAGUGAAUGGGCACCUUAAAACAGUUGAAUAGAUUUUAUUUAUUUUGUAGACUAAUAAAAAAAAUCGCAUUACAUGUUCUUGAAAAAAUUUAUCUACGCGAAAGAUAGUACAGAUGUAGGUUAAUUUGCACCAGCUCGCUAAUAACUCUGCACGUCAGUGAGUUUAUGACGACUGAUCUUAAUUGACAACAACGUAAACUGAAUUAGCUGUCUGCCUCAAAGUAGGUUGAGCUCCAGGUCACACCUACGGAUGUCGUGGACUAGUGGUAGUAAGAAGGUGUUUGGCAGCCGGUAAGAAGUUUUCCUGAAAGUGGACCCAGGCGAGCUGUUACGAACCAUCGAAUUAAAUCAAAAACACCUUCAGUAUGGCCAGAUUUCAAUCUCAAUGACGUAACGCACCUGUUUUUUUAUUUUAUUCGAUUUCAUAGAAAGUGUGCAAGGGCCUUAAGGUUGUUGGGCUUAAAAUGGAACAAUAGAAGCAAUCAUAUAAAACUCAAAUAUACAGUUUACACAAAAAUGAAUGCCAUGUCAAACUUUCAAAUAUGGAACACAAAGAUAUUUUGAAAGAUGGAGGAUGUGUUUUUGUCCAUACAUUUUGUAAGUCAUUGGGGUCCACAAAUUUCAAGUGUGUGUUAAUCCAUGUCUUCUGAAGCAAUAUGAUCGCUUUGGGUUGGAAAUAGACCAAAAUUUAAGUCCAUAUCCUCUUUACAUCUUUGAAAUAAUUUAAAAGGUUUAAUGUCAGUUAUGUCACCACUGUUGCCAGCUGCAGUGCGUCUGAGUUUGUAUUUUUGUAUUUACACACAAGUCAAGUAUACUUUAGAGAGUAACCUGAACUUGACCAUGUGACAGUAUUUUUAGACUAAGUUUCUUCUGUUAUUGAAGAAAAGGAUAAAGCAGUGAAUGGUCAGUGGUGAUUGUUUUGAUUCAGUCAAUUAUUUGUAACUUUAAACUGUUCGUGACAAGCCUAGACCUGUAAAAAGAUAUAAUAAAAUCAUAUCAACUGUAUUUCACCCUGAUAAUUGAUUAAAUAUAUAUAUAAUAGGUCUGUAUAUCAAUGACUGCCAGCAAUAAUAAGAGUAGGCUGAAAUCAAAGUCUCAUAAAGCGCAUCUGUGACUGAUGUUGUUAAAAAAAUUUUUAAUAAUGUCUCCAUAAUAAAACAUCAGUCGAUGACUUUAGAUAUAGUAUUCCUUGUUGUUUAGGGUAGAUAACCCUCCCCAGUUACUAGGGAAUCUCGUGCUUCAACUCUGUUUAAAAUUAGCCUCAGACAGCCCCAUAUAUUGCUCACAGUUGUCACGAAGCAAGGGAAAGUCCAGCACUUCUGGAAUGCUCCAUCAGAUAGAAGAGGACUGUUCAAGAUUAUAUCGUGCCGGUCAAUAAAAGAGGAGUGCCCAGGGGCAAUGAGGGACAGCACAUGAUGUAGUGAACAACAUCCAGCAAAAACAGUCAUUAAUCUAAAUAUACCUUCCUUCUUUCUGCAUGUGAUGUGCUGCCUGCAUGUGAUUGUGUGUUUUGUCGUCAUGCUGGCAGGAUGGAGAGCAGAUGAGAUCUGUCACAUGAGCACAUCUCUAAGCAACGGAUAACCCCUGCUGCACUCUUUCCCAAAAGCACAGGGAAUAAGAGGGGGAUUUUUCAUUUGACUCAGCAUUCCUGCUUAAUCUAAUAGUGUGAGAAGUGACUUCACUGAAACUCUGGAGGAAAGAAAGAGCUGAUCUGUAAGAUCUGCAGGAAUGUGGUCUAAAUAAAAUAUUAAAGACAUUUAGGACAGUAGUAUUGACAUAUGAAUGAAAUGAUAGCGUGUGUGCGCGCGCGUGUGUGUGUGUUUGUGUGAUUCCCAUUAUUCUCAGUGGUGAUUCUCAUUAGACUUUCAUUACUGCAAUACAG